GAGGGUUACAGGAGGAGAACAUGAUCAGGCUGUCAUCAUCAUUACAACUACAAGCAACAAACGGAGGAGUUUGAGCAGGACAGCCUUUUCAUUCUCCUUUUGUACCUCGACAAGAUUUUCGUGCCACAGAGACUUUGUUAACAUAAAUGCAACUUUAUCACGGACUGUUCGGUUGACGUCUUUCGAAGCUUUUAAACUUUAUUUCUCUUGUAUUGGAGUGAGGCCUCAGUGCCAUGCCAGAGAAAUCCCAUAGCACGGCCCAUGAUGUCCCAAUGGGUGAAGAAUCACCUCGGUUGUCCACUGCCUCUGUUGGCAGUAAUGACCGGGCCUCCACUGCUACGCUGUCCGAUUGCUCUGACUUCACAGAUGUCCAGAGGCCCAUAAGCGUGGUCUCCACCAUCUCAUCCGGGUCUGGUUCCUCUCGGGACGGCGUUCUCCUGUCAGGUAUCCCAUCCGCUGGUGUGCCCAUUGAAGACAAUGUGGAUCUGGAGUUAACGCCUGCUGCCGAUUCAAAUGAGACUCAGGGCAAUAAUCUCGCCCAAGCAUCCAGUCAAUUUUUCCAGCAAAAUAGCAGCAACACUGUUAACAACAACAGCAGCUCCUCCAUUUCCAACAGUUCCUCUCCAUUUGCUGCCAACACCAUGGCACCCAACCCCGAGCUCACCUACUUGGACCGUGUGGUCAUGGAGAUCAUUGAGACGGAGCGGAUGUAUGUGAGAGAUCUGCGGAGUAUUGUGGAGGACUAUCUUGCUCACAUCAUAGACACGGGAGAUCUUCCCAUCAAGCCAGAACAGGUGUGUGCUCUAUUUGGAAACAUAGAAGACAUCUAUGAGUUUAACAGUGAGCUGCUUCAGUCACUGGACAUGUGUGACAAUGAUCCUGUGGCCAUUGCCAGAUGCUUUGUGAUCAAGCGUGAAUAUUUUGACAUCUACACACAAUAUUGCACCAAUUACCCAAACUCUGUGGCUGCUCUAACAGAGUGCAUGAGAAACAAAACCUUUGCAAAGUUCUUCAGGGAGAGGCAAGCUACUUUAAAGCGAUCUCUGCCUCUGGGAUCUUAUCUUCUCAAGCCGGUCCAGAGGAUCCUCAAAUAUCAUCUGUUACUUCAGGAGAUUGCCAAGCACUUUGAUCCAGAGGAGGAGGGUUAUGAGGUGGUGGAGGAGGCCAUAUACACCAUGACUGGUGUUGCGUGGUAUAUAAACGACAUGAAGAGAAAACAUGAACAUGCAGUCCGUAUUCAGGAAGUCCAGUCUCUGCUCAUAAACUGGAAGGGAUCUGAUCUGACUGCAUAUGGAGAACUGGUUCUUGAGGGCACCUUUCGUGUCCAUCGUGCCAAGAACGAGCGCACACUGUUCCUCUUUGACCUCAUGCUCCUCAUCGCUAAACGAAGAGGAGAACAUUAUGUCUAUAAGGCCCACAUCUCGUGUUCAGCGCUCAUGUUAAUUGAGAGUGCCAAGGACUCGCUAUGCUUCAGUGUCACUCAUUACAAGCAUCCCAAACAACCUCACACUGUCCAGGCUAAAACCGUGGAGGAGAAGAAAUUAUGGGCUCAUCAUAUCAAACGGCUAAUUCUAGAGAACCAUCAGGCUGUGAUACCACAAAAGGCAAAGGAAGCAAUCUUGGAGAUGGAUUCUAUUUACAAAAAGUAUAAGUACAGCCCUGAGAGACUCAAAAAGUCAGAGGAGUUUUCUAACUCUAGACCAGGCCGGAGGCAGUCAGAACCGUCUAAAGAGAUCUUGAAGAACCCUAAAGCAAUACUGAAGCAUUCCGACAGCGUGGGGGCGUUGGCCGCUGACAAGUGGCCUUUACAAGCCACUUCUAGUGUUAGCGCUCAUGGCUUGUGCGAGUCUUCAGCUGAGAAGCCUGUCGCACGAGAAGAAAACUCUCUUGAAGGCCUGAUUCCCAGUGAUAAUGAGGAGGCGGUCCGUAGCUCGCUAUCUCUGAAGGGCAGAUUGAUGCAAGACAAUGAGGACGAAGCAGAAGGAGAGGAAAGUGACUCUGACGAUAUUCUAAUGGAGGACAACCAGGUAGCUGACUUUGCCAGUUCCAUGUUGGCUGCCAUUUCCUGCUGGCACUAUAGAGCCCGAGCUUUGCUUUCCAUGGACUUCACAAGGGAGGAAGAGGGAUGUGAGGUCACUGAAAAUAAUUUGAAUAGAGAAAAUGCCCCAUCAGUUGAACAGGUGGAGGCAUAUCUUACGGAUGAAAAAUAUAUCUCAGAACAGGACAAAUCUCAAAACCUGAAAAUAGCCUCUUACUGGGGAUCCACUGAGAAAUUAAAGCCAGACAACUUUAGUGAUCCCGAGUCCAUAGAGAUGGACCAACAGGUCCCAAAUAUUCUGGAGUCAGCAAGGGAAAAAGAUGAUCAGAAAGGUCCCAAAGAAGAGACAGAAGAGGCCUCAUCUCUGUCACAGCAAACCGACACCCCUGGUGAAUCUUCAGAGGAAGAGGAGAAUGCAGAAGAGAAAUCAGACUCCACUAGCAUUCUACCAUCAUCUGUGCUUGAUAAGGCCAGCGCCAUUGCUGAACACUUCGUCUGUGCCACACGUCGUAGUAGCAUAAGCACGGAUGUUUGCCCAUCUCCACGUCUUCCCAGCAGGACUGGAAGCAGUCUAAGUCUGGGAGAUUCCCAUGAUCGUCAACACCGCCUUGCUAGCACCUGCUCACCUGAGUCACAUGGCAUUCCUUUGACCCAGGAAGCCCUUGCAUCAGCAGACUUCAUGAUCGGGUCAUCAGGGGACGACAGACUUUUUGACGCUGAUCAAAGCAUCGACAGAAGAAGGGAUUCAGUGCUAUCCCGGCAAGAUCAACUACUCAUUGACAAGAUAAGGAGCUACUAUGAGAAUGCAGAGCACCAGGAUGCUACUUUUAGCCUAAAGCGUAGAGAGAGCCUCACUUACAUUCCAAGUGGCCUUGUUAGGAAUUCAGUUAGUCGUUUCAACAGCAUUCCUAAUAAUAAAGACCUUGCCCUAGAGAAGACCUCCAGUACAUCUGGACCCGAUGAAGCUAUAGAACCUCUUUUUGUUACCUCGGCUCUAUCAGAGACCAAUUUAUAUGCAAAUUCAGCCUCUCUGGAACAACCUGUUAUCAGUGAUCCCACAGAUUUCACUAGGCUCGACUCUGAUGUAGAUGAUUUCAUGAAACCUCAGUCCGUCUAUUACCAAACUGAGAGUAAUCCGGAAGAGGUUUUCCGUCCCUCUUCUGAGAUGAUCAAAGUCUGGCAAGAAAUGGAAAGAGAGGUCUCUAGAUGUCAAGGGGACCUCAAAGCACUGAUGCCCAGAGAAACUCCUUAUUAUAGAGGAACCAGUCCCAGUCUCCCCAGGAAGAGUCCUAACCUGGGUAAAAAGACACAAGGCAAAAGUUUUGAUGGACAGGUUAUAUCUGAAGAUUCAAAUCUAAGCACUAUCAGAGAGGAGUCCUUCACACCAUCACCUUUGAAAGAGAAGGAAAACCGUGCAGCCAGUGAGAAUGAUGCCAUCAGACCCAGACAAUGUGAGGAUGAAUGUAGACCCCUUACAUCUCUAGCCCCCAGAGUUAUCAGGUUGAGAGGAGAAACUGAAGAUGGGGGAGAUUCAGGAGCACAGUCAGCAGAAGAUCCGGAUUCAUCCCAAAACAAAGUUUUCAAUCUUGCAAGGAAGUACAGUCAACGCAUUAAGUGCACACAACCAGGGCUGAGACAGAGGAGUGAGGAGUCUGGAGACACAUGGCCGGCCACGAGGAACCUUCUGUCGGUGGUGGAAGAAAAGCCAGAGGAGACCAAAGGUAAACCAGACUUGAUGCUGUCCCUGACUGCAAAUGAUCAGGCUGAUUAUGAAAGAGACCAGAAGUCCCAGCUUGUGACUCCCAGCCCAGACCACACUCCUAAUUCUGUCAGUAGCCCAAAGUUCAUGUCCCCACAUCUGUCCCAUUCCAGGAGUCCUCUUAGUCCUCCACCUGAGAACUUCAACUGGCCAGACGUCCGUGAGCUUCGCUCGAAAUAUGCACACUUCGACAGCUCAUCUUCUCAGUUACCAGCAGGCCAAAGUCGUUCUGUGGCAGAGAGGACGUUCGACGGCACUUCUAGAAGACGUUCUAGCUGCUCUUCUAGCCGCAUGCUCACCUCUAAUGGCUCCACAGACUCUUCAAUUCACACACUUUAUCCGGGAAGGGAUACGGGAGAAUUGCUAACUCGGAAGAAUCGUACUGGCUCUCUGGACCAAAAAUUGGGUAGUUUGUACUUGAGUGAUCUGCAUAGUCUUCGGAGUAAAAAUGCCAGCAGUGGCUACUAUGUCUCCGCUCAAGCUACCCUUCCAAAUGAGAAGAAUAUAAUAGUGGUUGAGAAAGUACCUGAGGAUACACCACCAGUAGAGAUGGACCUGCCUACCAAAGAGUGCAUGAAACAGGAAAUAACAACAGAUGACGGCUACGUCCAAAUUCGUUCUCCAACUUCUCGUGAGAAGAUCUCAAUCAUGGCUGUCAUCGACCGCUGUCGGGCGUAUCAGGAGUCAGAGGAAUACCGUCUGAGGGAAGAGGGAGGAUCGAAGACAGAGAGGAGCAAAAAACUGGAGAAAGCUCCAUCCCCUAGUGAUUACUUAGAUGAUGUUGUUAAAAAUGCAUUGGAUUCUGGGAAAAAGGCGGACGCUAGUCAACAAAGCGUUGUCAAGAACCUCAGAGAAAAAUUCCAAAGCAUAAGAUAAAAUCACUUGUUUUAUCGUUCAG